AAAUGUACAUAGAGCCUAGAGCUGGAUGCAAAUUCCUCUUGUAUCUCUGUGAUGCAAAUGUCAAAGUUUGAGGUUAUGAAAACGCCUCUAAUCAUAUUUUAAUAAUUACAUCUAAUUCAUAAUCACUAUUCAAGUCAAGAACAAACAAAGAUAAAAUGUUGGUCUUAGUGUUAGGUGAUCUUCAUAUUCCACACAGAUGUAACAGUUUACCUUUCAAAUUCAAAAAAUUGUUGGCUCCUGGAAGAAUUCAGCAUAUACUAUGCACUGGCAAUUUAUGUACUAAGGAAUCCUAUGAUUAUUUGAAAACUCUGGCUAGUGAUGUUCAUAUUGUAAGAGGCGAUUUUGAUGAUAAUUUAAAUUAUCCCGAACAAAAAGUAGUCGCAGUUGGGCAGUUUCGAAUAGGGCUCACACAUGGACAUCAGGUUGUACCUUGGGGUGAUCCAGAAUCUCUAGCGGUCAUGCAGAGACAAUUGGAUGUAGAUAUUUUGAUAUCAGGUCAUACACACAAAUUCGAAGCUUAUGAACAUGAGAAUAAGUUUUAUAUUAAUCCAGGAUCAGCGACAGGAGCAUAUAAUGCUUUAGACAACAAUAUCACUCCUUCUUUUGUUUUGAUGGAUAUUCAAAACACAACUGUGGUCACCUACGUUUACCAACUUGUUGGCGAUGAUGUGAAAGUUGAGAGAAUCGAAUAUAAAAAGAUUUAAGAUUUUAUUUUCCAUAUUUUUUAUAAUAAUAGGUUAUAAGGAGUUAAACUCUCAACUUAUGUGAAUUUUAUAUGUAUAUUGUUAUUUUAGAAAAAAUCGUUAAAGUAAUUGAGUUAAAUCGAAUUAUAUUUUUAAGAGAGAUAUAUUCCUGCAUACUGUAUAUAUUUAAAGAGGAAUUGAAAGUUGCAUUUAUUGUAUCAUACUUUAAGUUUAUAUGAAUGUGUGAAAAAUUGUAAUUUAAAAGCCACCUAAAUUAUAGCGGUAAAAACUU